AUGGCUUCAGAGACAUCUGUCUCCCUCAAAGAGUCGACAGUCAUGGAGAAGCGCGAGGGGUCCCCCGAGUCCCAAACUGAGUCACAAGAUAUCGAAUUCCGAUACCUAGAACUGGAAACAGCCCUGCCAACGCCGUGUAUCAGUUUGCCUCCUGGUCCAAACCAGUCGCCAGCACCUGAGGCGCCCAGCCUGGAGAAAUACAUCUCGCCGUUUUUAUGGCCAACAUGGCGCAAGUCUAUGAUGACUUACAUUGCUUGCGCGGUUACUGCACUGGCUGGUUAUGCUGCUGGUGAGGUCAGUCCUGCUUCGGAGGAGUUGACUUUGGAGUGGGGGAUUAGUGCUGUUGUGUAUAACCUCAGUAUUACUAUCUUCUGCAUCGGCUUUGCUCUGGCGCCUAUGCUACUUGCCCCAUUUAGUGAGCUAAAUGGUCGGCGGCCGAUCUUCAUCGCAAGUGGUAUUGUCUUUGUCGCCUCUCUCUGCGGCUGUGGAGGAACAACUUCCUUCGCCGGAUUGUGCGUUGCUCGAUUCUUCCAGGGCAUGGGUGGCUCAACCUUCUCAACAAUGGUAGGCGGCGUCAUCAGCGACAUCUACCACGCCCACGACCGCAACACAGCAAUGGCCCUCUUCUCAGCAUCAGCCCUCUUCGGCACAGGCCUAGCACCACUAAUCUCCAGCGUGAUCGUCAGCCACACCACCUGGCGCUGGGUCUACUUCUCGCACGCAAUCGUAUCGGCAGCCUUCGUCGUGAUCAUCUACUUCUUCUUCAAAGAAACCCGCGGCAGCGUCCUGCUAAGCCGAAAAGCCAAGACCUUGAACAAGUACUACGAAAAACUCGAAGAAGCAGGCCACUACGGCGUCAUCCUCUCAAAUGAGGAAUUCCCCGAUGAGAAAUGCAUUCGACGAAUCCGAUGGAAAGUCAAGAGCGACGAGCAACGAGCUUCAAUCCUAAGCAUGGUCCAGAUCUCCCUGUAUCGACCAUUCCACAUGCUCGUAACCGAACCAGUCGUCUUCUUCUUCUCCCUCUGGGUCUCCUUCAGUUGGGCAGUCCUCUACCUCCAAUUCAGCUCGGUACCCCUAAUCUUCCGCACGAACCACAACUUCACAACCGAGCAAACAGGCGCCGUCUUCACAUCUAUGUGCGUCGGCGUUAUCAUCAUCACUAUCAUCAGUAUCUACCAAGAGCGAGUCGCCAAGCAUUUCGGUCUGCACUCCACUGCCGCAGAGGGUCGACUGUAUUUCGUCUGCAUCGAGUCCAUUCUACUACCUAUUGGGUUGUUCUGGUUUGGUUGGACUUCUUUCCCCUCUGUGCCGUGGAUUGUGCCGGCUUUGGCGGUUGGAUGUGCUACCAUGGGCAUUUUCUCGAUUUAUUUGGCGACAUUCAACUAUCUGGCUGAUACUUAUCAUCGGUAUGCCAGUUCGGCGAUCGCUGCGCAGUCUUGCUGUCGUAACUUGCUUGGUGGUGUCUUCCCCUUGGUUACGAAUGCCAUGUUCAACAACCUUGGAUAUCCAGAGGCAUCCAGUUUGCUAGGAGCAUUGGGCGCUGUUCUCACUCUAGUUCCAUGGGUGCUGGCCUUUUACGGACCUCAAAUUCGAGCCAAGAGCAAGUUGGCAAGCGAACUUGCGCAUUGA